AUGAAAAACACACAGUUACAAACUCUACAGAGACAACUGGAUGAAAUAAACAAGACAAUGUCUGACAUCAAGGAUGAAAUUGAUUCAAUUGAAAUGGCUACAGACACUAAUGACUUGUCAAAACUGUCUAGCGUCACAUCCAGAGUACAUAUAUACAGAAAUCUUCCACACAAAAUAGUGCCAUCUUUACCCAAAUUCAUGCCGAAAAAAAUACUCGAAGAAGAACUUCUAAAACUAUUUGGAGUCUUAUCAUCAAGUUCUUUAACCUCAGAUAAACAUGGCUACAGCAUGAAGACAACCCAGAAAUCACCAGAAGCUGGAUACUCUCCUCCAGCCAAACAGCUGCUUGAUGAACCAGAGACGGUCAUCACCAUAGACACUAGGUAUAGUCGUCACCUUUACAAUGUGGCCUGUCUGAGUGAUGAAGAAAUCUGGACAAGAGGAAAUGACAGCACCAUGAAACUCUUCAGCAUUAAUCAGGGAUCACUGCUCAAGUCAAUCACAACCAAGUCAGGGAACUCACCAUGGGAUAUAGCAGUGACAAAAGACGGAGAUCUAGUUUAUACUGAUAACAAAGAUAGAACUGUGAACAUUGUGAAGAAUGAGAAGAUAGAGGAGGUGAUCAGACUGCAGAACUGGAAACCUCAUCGUAACAGACACAUAACUGAGAACAGGAACCUGGAUAUUUGCGUGACUGACAAUGAAGCUAAAGUAGUAGUGGUGGUCAAUAAGACCGGGAAUCUGAGAUUCAGGUACACUGGACAUACUCCUGCUCCAAAGAACAAAUUAUUCGGUCCAAGAGGAAUUACCACCGACAGUCAGUCACAUCCUUACAGCUGA